AUGCUGACCUACCUGUUGGUCCUCUGCGUCCUAGGCGACAUCGCUGUCCCACAUUCAGAGGCCGGAUGUCUGAAGACCAAACCUGGCCUGUAUUCCAAGGGCGGGGGUCGGAAAACGCCCACUGUGGCACCUUCUGCAGAUGGAGCUCAGAAGAUCGCCAAGGCAUCCAACAACUUCUCCCAACGUCUCUACAGGGAGAUUGCUCUAGGGUCCAAAAACACCAUCUACUCGCCGUUGAGCAUUCACACGGCCUUGUCGAUGACGUCACUUGGGGCUAAGGGCGACACCAAGACGGAAAUGACGUCAACUCUCGGUCUGGACGUGUUCACAGGAGAACGAGAACCACACCAGGCUUAUAAUGACGUCAUCGCGCAGCUGAACGCCGCUUCUAACGUGACCACCAUCCUUACAGCCAAUGCCAUCUUCAUCAACAAGUUGGAGACUGUAGAGAGCGCCUUCGUCCGCGAUGUCCAGAACUUCUACCUGUCCAACGUCUCUACCUUCGACCCCCACGACCCAGCUGGCCCGGAGAGGGUCAUUAAUGAAUAUGUGGAAUACAAGACUCGGGGACUCAUCCAAAAUCUGGUGCAGCCAAAUGUCGUCACUGCUCUGACAUUGAUGGUUCUUGUCAACACCGUCUACUUCAACGGCUCCUGGGACAGACCUUUCGACAAGGACAGGACACAACCGGCGGACUUCCACACCCAGCAAGGCACCAUCCAGGUUGACACCAUGUUCGAUACCAGAACCAUGAACAUCAAGAGAAACUUCCAUGGCGCAGACGUUGGGGAAUUGACAAUUGGUCAUGGGAGGUUCUCGGUCGUCAUCGUAUUACCUCACACAGUCGACGGACUAGCUGAUCUAGAGAAUGCCUUGACUGUACCCGGAAGGGUUGAGGAGUUGUUCCAAGACCUGACGCCUGUCCGUGUCAACGUCAGCAUGCCCAAGGUGAACAUCGAGUCCACGUUCAUGUUGAGUCAGCCCCUGAUACAGCUCGGCAUGGUCAAGGCUUUCAGUCCUCACGAGGCAGACUUCACCGGAAUCAACAGAAACGGUAACAUUUUCAUCAAGGAAGGAUUCCACCAAAGCACGAUUGAAAUUAACGAAUAUGGCACAGUGGCUUCAGCAGCCACCGCCGUUGUCAUAGAGAUGAGAAGGCAGCCGCCGGCAGCCAAUGCAACGUUUCAAGUCGACCAUCCGUUCCUGUUCUUGCUUACAGAUAAUCGCCUACGAUCUAUUCUCUUCCAGGGAAAGUUCAUUCAACCAUAA